AUGAACCAGCGGAGACAUGAAGCAUCAAAGCUUUUCCAGCAUUAUCUAGAUAAAUCCACCCCACACGCUCUCUACCGAUGGAUUGGAACCUUUGUUUUAGUAUUUGUUUAUGCUCUGCGGGUUUACUAUGUUCAAGGGUUCUACAUUGUUUCUUAUGGUUUGGGGAUUUAUAUUCUGAAUUUGCUCAUUGGGUUUCUGUCGCCUCUUGUUGACCCCGAGCUGGAACCUUCCGAUGGACCUAUGCUGCCAACAAAGGAUUCGGAUGAAUUCAAGCCUUUCAUUCGUCGCCUUCCGGAGUUCAAAUUCUGGUAUGCCAUCACAAAGGCUUUCUGUGUAGCAUUUUUGAUGACCUUCUUUUCCAUGUUCGAUGUUCCCGUCUUUUGGCCCAUAUUGUUGUGCUACUGGAUUGUUCUUUUUGCACUUACGAUGAAGCGCCAAAUCAUGCAUAUGGUCAAAUACAAAUAUAUCCCACUCAAUCUUGGAAAGCAGAAAUACGGUGGGAAAAAUGCAUCUGCCAGUACCGGUAACAGCCACCGAGCAGACUGA